UGUUCUUUUGGGGAUGGUGGGUUUGUACAAAGACAAAACGACGUCUCGUGAUUGAAACUACGGAUCGUGUCUCUGCUUCUUCCUUCAAUCCGAUUUCGGACAACCUUUUACUCAGACAGAAGAUUUCAUUUCUCAGCACAGUCAAUGGUUCACUGGUUGUUCCUUUUCCAUAUGUUGUUUUGGUAAGGUGUUUAGUUGCUCUCUUCUGUUUUAAUGUUUAUUCUCUCUGGCUGGUAUCUGUUAAUUUCCUUCAACUGCAUUUCCUCUUGGCAGUCGUUGCUCCCUCUAGCGUAAAGUGUUACACUAGAAGUAAAUCACAGAAAUUGCCACUUUAGAAGGGAGCACAAGUGGAUAGUCUCUGCUUCAAGUAUUACUAUAUAAAGUAAUAUGGCCGAUACCAGUUCAAGGACUGAUGUCUCAACUGAUGGCGAUACAGAUCAUAGAGAUCUGGGGGUUAGCUCGAAAUCUGGCUCUAAUCAUUUUAUUAUUUCUGAGAGAGGGCAAAUGAUGCUUCCUGCAGCGUCUGAUUCCAGUGACCGAUCAAAGGAUAAGUUGGAUCAAAAGACCCUUCGUAGGCUUGCUCAAAAUCGUGAGGCAGCAAGAAAAAGCAGAUUGAGGAAGAAGGCGUAUGUUCAGCAGCUGGAGAAUAGUCGAUUAAAGCUUACUCAACUUGAGCAAGAGCUGCAAAGAGCAAGACAGCAGGGAGUUUUCAUCUCAAGUUCAGGAGAUCAAGCUCAUUCUACUGGUGGGAAUGGGGCUUUGGCAUUUGAUGCCGAACAUUCACGGUGGCUUGAAGAAAAGAACAGGCAAAUGAAUGAGCUGAGAUCUGCCCUGAAUGCUCAUGCAGGUGAUACUGAGCUCCGGACAAUUGUAGAUGGAGUGAUGGCUCACUAUGAGGAGCUUUUCAGGAUUAAGAGCAAUGCAGCUAAGAAUGAUGUAUUCCACUUGUUAUCUGGAAUGUGGAAAACACCAGCUGAGAGGUGUUUCUUGUGGCUUGGCGGGUUCCGCUCAUCCGAACUUCUCAAGCUUCUUGCGAAUCAGCUAGAGCCCAUGACCGAACGACAGGUAAUGGGCUUAAAUAGCUUGCAGCAGACGUCUCAGCAGGCGGAAGAUGCACUAUCUCAAGGGAUGGAGAGUUUACAGCAAACCCUAGCUGAUACGUUAUCCAGUGGUACUCUUGGCUCCAGUUCAUCUGAUAAUGUGGCGAGCUACAUGGGUCAGAUGGCCAUGGCAAUGGGCCAGUUAGGCACCCUCGAAGGAUUCAUCCGCCAGGCUGAUAACUUGAGGCUGCAAACGCUGCAACAGAUGCUUAGAGUGUUAACUACACGUCAGUCAGCUCGUGCUCUUCUUGCCAUACACGAUUAUUCAUCUCGACUACGUGCUCUUAGUUCCUUGUGGCUUGCCCGGCCAAGAGAGUGAUACACAAGAAUAGCGGUGCUUCUAGCUCUAUACAUAAUCUUAUGACUCAAAUAGGAAGGGAUACUCCUUCCAAGAGAUCACAAAACAAGGCCUUCUCAGAUUCUUACCAGAAGCAAUAUUUUGGAAAAGAAGACUGCAGAUUUUGAAAAUGGUUUUCUGAGAUCCCCAAAGACUUGAGAGUGUAGUGUGUGUUGUAAUCUUUAGCCAUCAGGUUGUGUAGUUUAUAGAGAGUGAAUGUUUAUAGGUCUUUGAAUAUUGAAAGCAGAUAGGUCAUCAGUGUAAGGUCGUAGUAACCAACAUGACAGAAGAUGGGAUCCUUUCAGGAACUUGGAUUGUACGAUCAGAUCUCAAACAGACCAAUUCAAUCUAUAUAGAGUUAGAAAA